GAGGUGGGCACGCUACUCAAAUUCCACUAAUUUACUCGUAUUCAUGUUUUCCAAGGAGAAAAGAUUCAUUCCUCCCAUCUCCAUCUUCAAUUUUGAUUCAAACUAAUUUAAUUUUCUUUUUACUUUUCUGGAACGGGUUUGAAUUUGAUGAGAAUUGAUGGUCGUCUUGGGUGGAUUGGUUGCUGGAGGAGUUGAGAUUUUCUAGGGUUUUGGCUAUGGAGAAUAUAGAGACACUGUUAGCUGCCGUCGCUCAGACCACGGGCUUCGGCGAUGAGGACCCGGUGGUUUCUACUCCAUCGGUUGUGCAUCCUUCACCGGCGGUGGUAGUUCCAGAUCUGACUGCUGCUGCUCCGGUUGUCUGUGAGAAGCGUAAGCGAGGACGGCCGCCGAAAGGGCAGCUCACGGCGAAGCCUCCACCGAUUAAGAAGGUGAAAGUUGAAGUUGAAGAUGAAGAUGAGGAUGUUUGCUUUAUUUGCUUUGAUGGAGGCUCUCUGGUACUCUGUGAUCGAAAGGGUUGUCCGAAGGCGUACCAUCCAGCUUGUAUCAAACGCGACGAAGCCUUUUUCAAAUCAAAAGCUAAAUGGAACUGUGGGUGGCACAUAUGUAGUGGAUGCAGGAAGACUCCUCAUUAUAUGUGCUACACUUGCACAUAUUCGUUGUGUAAGGGAUGUACUAAAGAUGCGGAUUUUGUGAGUGUGAGAGGAAACAUGGGGUUUUGCUCAACAUGCAUGAAAACUAUCAUGAUGAUUGAAAAUAAAGAUCAAGCAACGAAUGAUUCAAUUCAAGUAGAUUUUGACGACAAACUUAGCUGGGAGUAUCUCUUCAAGAUGUAUUGGGUAAUCUUAAAAGAGAAAUUAUCUCUUACACUGAGUGAGCUCACUCAAGCUAAAAGUCCCUGGAAAGGUGUGGCUGCAGUGACGCGUAAGCCGCGGUUAAAUAAUGCAGUUCCCUCUUCAGUUGGCGCAGGUGUUUCUUUGUCACAUGGGGGUACUGGACAUUUCGAGUUGAAUAAGCCCCAUGUGGAGAUAAAUUUGGUACAAAAUGAUGUGUUAAGAACAUCACUGUUGAGUAACGGCCACCAUGUCAAGAAACUAAACAAUGGCAAUGGAGAACAUGGCCCAAUUUACAGCAAUGAGACUGUAAAACAGAAAGUCGCUGAUGAGACGAGCAUUGCCAAAACCAAUGACAAGCCAGACGUUAAGGAAGUUGUUCAUGAGCUAUGCAUUAAAAAAGAUCUAGAUGAUCCAUGCAUCGUCAAAAAUACUAACAAUCCGGGCAUUGGCAAGAACACUAACAGCAUAGAGAUAGACAAGCUGGCGGUUGACAGUACUGAAUGGGCAUCUAAAGACCUCUUGGAUUUUGUUAAACACAUGAAGAACGGCGACACAUCUUCUUUAUCACAGUUUGAUGUCCAAACAUUAUUGGUUGAAUAUGUGAAGAGAAACAAUCUCUGGGACCCACAUCAGAAGAGUCAAAUUUUAUGCGAUCAAAGGCUCAAAAAUAUAUUUGGAAAGCCAUAUGUUGAUCAAACUGAAAUGUUGAAGCUUCUUGAAUUUCAUUUUGUUGUAAAGGAAGAUACUCAGAAAAAUCCGUUCUUUCCUGCAAGAGCUGUUAGAUCUGCUGCAAGUAAUUUGGAUGCUAAUGGAAAAAUAAAUGGGUCGCCAGAGCCAGUGCCAAGUAACAGAAGAAAGCGGAAAACACGCAAGAAGAUUGAAAAAAGAGAAGCCCAGCUUAAUCUGAAUGAAUAUGCUGCAAUUGAUGUUCAUAAUAUCAGUCUGAUCUAUUUGCGGCGUAAUUUAAUGGUGACUCUUGCUGAAAAUCGUGAGAGUUUCAAUGACAAGGUUAUUGGAUCUAUUGCAAGGAUCAAAAUAUCACCCAAUGAUCAGAAGCCAGAAGUUCAUAGGCUUGUCCAAGUUAUAGGUACUAGCAAGGUGGCCGAGCCUUAUAAAAUUGGCAACAAGACAGCAGAUGUCAUGCUUGAAGUGUUAAAUUUAGACAGAAGAGAAGUUGUAUCUAUCGAUUCCAUUUCAAAUGAAGAGUUUACUGAGGACGAGUGCAAAUGGCUACGUCAGAGCAUUAGAUGCGGUCUUGUGAAACAAUUUACUGUUGACGAGGUAAAAAAGAAAGCCUCUGCACUCCAAUCAGUUAGAGUUAAUGAUUGGCUUGAGGCGGAAAUAUUGCGGCUAAGUCAUCUUAGAGACCGAGCUGACGGGAAGGGGAUUAAGAAAGAGCUUAGAAAAAAUGCUGAAAGAUUACUGUUGCUAAAAUCACCUGAGGAGCGCCAACGCAGAAUUUCUGAAGUCCCAGAGAUACAUGCUGAUCCGACAAUGAAUCCAAAUUAUGAAUCAGAAGAAGAUAUCAGAAGUAGUGACCACAGUAAAAAAGGCAAAGAAGAGCAUUCUGUAGAGGUGCAAGAUAGAAUCACGGAGAAAACAAAUGAUAGUGCAUCAUAUGAUCUGGAGAAACAUACAAACCAGAUUGAUAUUGGUUGCUCACCUUCUGGUGCUGGGAAUGAUCAAGCCAUGGAAAGGUCUGGGUUGGAGACAUCGACUGCAAUUGCCUCCAUCGGAAACUCACAGCCUGCUGACAACAUAGAAACUGAGAAACUUUGGCAUUAUCGUGACCCUAAUAGUAAGAUUCAAGGACCUUUUUCCAUGAUGCAGCUGCGGAAAUGUAAUAGUACUGGACUGUUUCCACAUGAUAUGCGGAUAUGGACCAAUCACGAGCAAUAUGACUCGUUACUUCUAACUGAUGCUUUGGAUGGGAAAUUAUAUGCAGCACCAGACAUGUCACAUAAAGCCUCUUCAAAUUCACAGGAAAACGGGCCCACUGGGGGAGCUGUCCCAAGCGAGGGUACAAAUGGAACUACUAAAGAUGCUAAACAAACAGAAAAUGCUGGGUGUAGUAAUUCAGAUGGUUUGCCCGACAACGUUGCUAGACCCGUGAAAGCAGAUGAGUCUUGCUCCUCUGGGUGGCCUCGAUGUUGGGAUUUGCUUAAAGAUGGUAAUCCAAUUGCUGAUAAUGUCCAAUUAUGUGAUCUGCUUCCUCCAUCAAAACCUGAGACAAGAGAUGAACCUUUGACAGAUCAAGGCCAAGAGAGUGAUGAAUUAAAUCUUAGUUCACAAAAUGGAGAAAAGAAUGCUGUUGGGCCGACUCAAAAUCCUAUGCCCAGUGAAGAUGAACUUCGAUCUCAACCUAAAGAUGAUGACAGAAGUGGUCAAUCUUCCGAUGGAAAUUUGAGAUCCCUGAACAUCAACUUGAGCUCAACCAUCCCUGAACCUGCGCCGGUUUUGACUUCUGUAUCAACGUCGCUGGUUUCAAGUAAACAGCCUGAGAAUAUAGAUGUCUUGGAUCUUCUUAGUCCCACCUCGAAGACUCAAAACCAGCAUUCAGUAGAUGCAGAUAUUCCUGCGCAUGGCACGAGUUUUCUGGAGCUGCUGAGUCCUGCACCAAGAUCCAACAAUGAAGAUCUGGCAGCUCAGGAAACUGACACGAAGCCUGGGUGUAAAAAUCUUCCUAUGCCUAAUUCUGGCCCCGGCUGGAUUGGUGCAUCUAAUCUAGGGAUUGGUGGCAUCCAGCUCCCAGAUGUAGCUGAUGAAUGGUGUGGAUAUUCCCAGACACAGGCUGCAAGACCACCUAUGCAGGAAUGGGAUUCUGCUGCAGGGCCACCUGAAGUCACCGGGGAAAAUGCUGAUGCCUCUGCACCCGAAGCCCUCCAUCUUUCUCAUGCUCCUCCGUCCCAUACUCCAUCGAAUGGACCUAAUUGGCUUGCUAUAAUGAAUGAACCAAUUGAGUUUGUUGCUCUAGGUGAGGAUUCAGUGUCUGAUCUGUUGGCUGAAGUGGAUGCUAUGGAAUCACGAGGCGUUCUGCCUUCGCCUACUUCAGCCAUCAAGUUUGCUCGGGAAUUGCUUGAAGAUUGUAAAGACGAUUGCUUUAGUUCAAUUGAGGGUUUUAGCCCAACCCCAGAACCUCGAAAAAGUGAUGCAUUCAGCUCCACCAGCGAUGUACAUCUGACAUCCCAAUCCUCUGCCCCAUGUAAACCGAAUGGAACAUCUCCAGUUGACGCCUUCGAUUUUUUCCGAAGGUCGAGCGUGAAUUCAUCUGCAAGCAGUGAGGGUGAAACAAGCGCUGCAGCUCAUUCUGGGGAUCCCGGUUCGGAAUUCCACCACUCUCCUGCACCGAACCAAGAGAUGGUCGGUACUGGUGCUGGAGCAGCCAUGGCUCCUGGGCUGGGAUCCGAUGCCACGGAUCCCAGUUGGGGACAGAUGCCGGGCAACAUCAACCUAGUCACAGUGCAAGGUAAUGUCAAUCUCGUCCUCAGAGGACCCACUGCCCAAGGGAUGGCGAACCUCCCUUGGGGAACGAACCAGGGCCCCCAUUGGGCCAACCCAAACUCGAUCAGGAGCCCUAGAAACGGAAGUCAGCCAUGGGACGGGCAGCGCACGUUCGGUGGUGAGAGGUUCAACUGUCCUAGAGAAUGGGGGGGUUAUCAAGGUAGUGAUCCGGGAUUCGGGGGCGGGAGGGGCAGGCCACCGUGGGGCCGUCAGCAGUACAGCAGUGGUGGAUAUUCGAGGCCUCUUCCAAAGGGGCAGAGAGUGUGCAAAUUCUACGAGAGCGGUCGCUGCAAAAAAGGAGCUUUCUGUGAUUAUCUUCAUCCAUGAUUGUUGUGUUCUCCUACACUUCGUUUUAGUAACUUUUUUGUUGUAUAAUUGAUUGUUGGAGUAAUCUCUCUCUAGGCUCGGAUAUCUUUUUUGUACACAGUUAAUUGUGAGAGUAAUCUCCUUAAUUAGCUGUAGAUUUGUACUUAGGGCUUCAUUUUAACAAUAAUAUAAUAUAUUGCUACUCUAA